AUGUAUAGAGGUUCAUAAUUUAUUGAAUUACCUUUUGGAUAUUUUUCAAAAAAUAAUGAAUAAAUUUCAUAGUAAAUUGAAAAAAAGUAAAUAAUUCUUAAAGUCCCACUAAGAGAAAUAAGAGAAUAUUCAUUAUUUGAUAAAAUGUUAAAUGAAUAGAGAAUAUAUUAUAUUAAAAUAAAUCCCAUUCCUCAUGGUUUUGAUAGAUUGAUUUUAUAGACUCAUUUAAGAUUUUAUUGUUAAAGUGACACUUAUUUAAAAAAUGAUUCUGUUGAAUAAAUUAAAGGAAAGUGUUAUAAAAUUAAGUAUGAUGAGAAUAGCAAUCCUGAAUUUAAAAUUUAGGAAGGUGUGUUUAAUAUCAAUUCGAAAAAAGAAGAGUAUCAUCUAUAGAUAAGUAUGGAUUAUUUAAUAGAUGAUCAUAGUCAUAAUUAAUUGGAAAGUAUUAAGAAGUAAUAGAGUCUACCUUAGAAUUUAGAAGAUACAAGGAAGAUUAAAUAAGAAAACAUAGAUUAGAAGAGAGAUAAGAUUAUUAUAAUGAAUGAAAAGAAUGAGAUAUUAAGAAGUAAAUCAAAUGAAGAUGAUGGUAGUUUUAAAUAAAUUUAUCAAAAAAUUUGGGUAGUUUAUAAUCAAUCGAUAAGCGACAGAGAUGAAAGUAUAAUAAAAAGUGAUUCAACUUAAUGGGUAACUUCAAGUUUGAUUGAUUCUUUAGUGGAAUAUCUAAACAAAAAGAGUGAGUAGAAAAUUAAUGAAUAAAAGUUGGAAGAUAGGAUUAAGAUUAAUAGGAUAUUAUUUGUUCCAAGUUAUGUUACAACUUCAUUUGGAGUAUGUGAUGAUAUAAUAAUUUUUACGAAAAAAGCUGAAGAAUUAUUAAAACAGGAGUUUCGUUUUUAUAAAGAACUUAAUUAUGAUAUGAAAUAAGUUUAUGGAAAGAUUGGUUUUCCUGUCAAUAUUAAUAAUAUGCAUUGGGUUUUUCUUUUGUUUGAUUUAAAAAAUGAAAUAAUAACUUUGUAUGAUUCAUUAAGAACUAAAUAAAAUAAGAUAAAUCCAAGUCCUUUUAUUAAAGCUAUUGCUAAAUUUCUUAAUUAGAAAUUUAGAAAAUGCUAUGUUGAUAAUUAUGAAAAGUAAAAAGAUAUAUAUUCGUGUGGAUACUAUGUUUCUUCAUUUAUGAAAUUUGAGUAUAAAUUGUAAUUUAAUAAACAGGAAUUGUAUAAAUUUACUUAAAAAGAAAUGAAAAGAAAAUUAAGGAAGAUAGUAUCUAUUAAAUGA